AUGUCACAAGAAGAGGUUAACACAUUUAUGGCUAUCACAAACGCCGAAAGUAAUGAUUUGGCUAAGCACUUCAUAGACAUGGCUGGCGGUGAUAUGGAAACUGCUAUUUCCUUAUUCUUCGAGCAUGGAGGAAAUGCCCAACUGAAUAAAGCGUCCACUAAUACUGAUGCAGAACUAGCUGGUGACCUGCAGAAUGAACUUUACCAACAGCCCCAAGAGGAUUAUCGCCCUCCAGACGAAGCUAGGCAUGAAACGUUGGUUGACACACACGUGUUCCCUGGCACUUAUGGUGGGAUUGGUGGGCGCUUUCAGCCUCUACGUACUGUACGUGAUAUGUUUGAUGAUUCACGUCCUGUUGGAAUCUUCAACCAACAAAUCAGCGACAACGAGGAUGAUUCGGAGUUUUCAGAUGAAGAACAAUACAGGCAGCAAUUCGAAUAUGUUGAGGAAAAUGUCAUAGAGCUAGAUGACGAUGGAAAUGUAAGAGAGUAUACAAAAUUGGUUCAGAAACCCAGGCCAAUGACCAAAGAACAAAAGCUUGCAAUGCUUUUCCGUCCUCCCUUUGAUAUGAUGGCGAAAGUUGACCUGCAAGGAGCUAAAGUACGCGCGCGUGAGAAUAAGAAAUGGAUAUUAAUCAACAUUCAAGCGGUGGACAUAUUCCAAUGUCAAGCUUUGAAUCGUGACCUCUGGUCGAACAAAGAUGUCAAGCAAUUAGUUAAGAAGCAUUUUGUUUUUAUUCAAUAUCAAUAUGAUUCGCAAAAUGCCCUUCCAUAUCUGCAGUUCUACGGAUUAACUAGUAAGGAUGAGUUGCCUCAUAUUGCUAUUUUAGAUCCCAUGACGGGUGAACGUGUGAAGCAAUGGAGUCGUGAUGUCCCUUCUGUAACGGACUUUAUUGAUGAUAUUAACGAAUUUUUGAAUAAUUUUUCUCUUGACCCAACUAGUACAAAUCCUCCCGUCAGGGAGCCUACACCUGCAUUGGAUCCAACUACAUUAUCAGAGGAGCAGCAGAUGGAGCUGGCCAUUAAAAAAUCCUUAGGGAGUUCCUCUGAAGCCACAAAUGAGGAGGACCAAAAACGUAACAUGGGAACAGAAGUUCAUGGUGAUACAGCUGAUGAUGCAUCUGCUACCCUCUUCAACAGGAUAAAACCUGUGACUCACUCAGAACCCCCCAAUCAACCUGGGAUUACCACCAGAAUUCAGAUCAGGACCGGCGACGGCCGGCGAGUCGUAAGGAGGUUCAAUGCCAUGGAAGAUACUGUUCGCACAAUUUAUGAAGUUGUUAAAACAGAGAUUGAAGGCUACGAUGAUGUGCAUUUCACCCUAAGUGAUCACAAGAGGGAAAAUCUAAUUGAAAAGCUUGACGAAUCGAUCAACGAUGCAGGAUUGAAAAAUAGCUCUUUGCUAUUAGAGAAAGUUCAGGAUGAUUAG